AUGAAAUUCAUACUUAUAGAUGCCAACGGAAACAUCUAUGAAGGUUGGAAAAGAUGGCUAAGUGAUUGGCCUUCAGUAGUAUUACAUCAAGGUACUUUAAAGGAUGUUGUUGACAAUAGAUCUCAGUUUGCAGAAAACGAAACCAGGGCAUUAGUUUCCCCUGGAAACUCAUUUGGGUUUCUACAGGGAGGUUUCGAUUAUGCGAUACUCAAACACUUUGGUGGUCCUCAAUUUGAAGAGUUUUUGCAAGGGCGCAUGGUAACUGGUUACCGACCUGUUACUACGUGCAGCGUUUAUGAAAUUGAGGAGCCAUUUACUGGAAAAGGAUUUAAUUAUCUACUACAUAGCCCUACUAUGUUGGCUCCUUGCAGGCCUGUAUUUGAAGCCGAGAGACCUGUCGAGACAGGUAUACGUUUAGUAUUUGAUACUAUGUGGAACAUUCUAAAUACAGUUCCUGAGGAUGUUAAAGAAUUAGUGAUACCGGGGUUGGCUACUGGGUAUGCUGGUAUUCCUGCGGAAAUUGCGACUUUGGCUAUGGCGUUUGCAAUUAGGCUUUAUAUUUUACGUGAUGUGAUAUCGACGGGUCUAAUGCGAGUUCUGAUAAUGCGCUUCAUGGGAUAUGAUUAUGAACCCUUUGAAAAAACGGCUUGGCGGCAAGAGAUGCACUCUUUGGGCCUAAAUUUCGAGCAUCUAGACCAAUUCAAUGUUUACGAGUCUUCUAUUGACGAUAUUUUGCCGCGCAGCUUAGUUAAUCGGUUAUGUAACAAAGCAUAG